AUGAGUGAUAACGGUAGAAGACCAAACGCUGAGACUCCCAGCAAGCGGAGAUUGUCACUUCGUCUGGGAGAUUCGUCUUCCUCAGUCAACUCGGACAAGAAAGCUAGGAUCGAUCGACCUUUGUCAACACGUGAACAAGAUGCCAUCGACCUUACAGAGGAAUCUGAACAACCUCAAACGGCAACUUCUGCGAGAUUCACUCAUUCUUCCUAUUCUUCACCUUCCGAUUCAACCGAGGAAGAGAGGGACCGAGCGUUGAGAGAACGAGUGGGUCAUCGAUCAUCAGAUCCAUCGCAUCGUCGACACCCUUCUUACCCCUCUGCGUGGGUGAUUGGGGAUAAUGAGCGUGGUGGAUUAUCCGCAGGAUCAUCCUCUCGUCAGCCCAAUCAAUCUCACCCACAUCAUCCUCCCCUUUCUUCCACUUCAGCUGCUGCAUCGAGGAAUUCAAGUCCACCUCCCAGUCUCAAUCUCUCCUCUGGUCAACCUUUGGUCAAUCCACCUCAAAAAACACAAGCUGCUUUCGUAGGUAAACUGUACUCGAUCCUAGAGGACGAAGAUAUCGUCAAGACCGGGUUGAUCUAUUGGUCGGCUGAAGGAACAACUUUUACUUGUCCAAAUCCGCAGGAAUUCGCAAAAGUCGUCUUACCUCGUUUUUUUAAACACAACAACUGGCAAAGUUUCGUCCGUCAAUUGAACAUGUAUUCUUUCAGCAAGGUAAACGACAUAUACACCACCUCUGUCGAUCCUCAAGCUUGGGAAUUCCGACAUAACCUAUUCCGAAGGGGUGAACCCCAUCUUUUGGCAAGUAUCAAGCGGAAAUCUUCUCGCCCAAGCGUACACGAUGGUGGUCAACCUAUUUCACCUACCGAGGAGACAGCAGAGCUCUCUAGACCCGUUGCUGGGUGGAUGAGGGACGUACCACCUCCGGGUGUUCCCAAUCACCAUCCACAGAUACUGAGAUUAUCAUCGCCUCCUCAAUCGCGGGGAAAUAUCGUAUUUCCUUAUUCUGGACCUAACGAAGAUAAUCGACCGACAACCACGGCUGGAAUAUGGGAAUCGAGACAACCUAGUUCUCACGGGACUGCGCCGCCGCAACCAGCUCCACCAGCACCACCGUCGAUCUCGUUGAGGAUGCCACCGCCUUUACAGGAUCUUAAGACGCAGAGUCACCAUCAACCGCAACUCCCACGAUUUCACCCUGAUCCUAACAGACCGCCCUUGUCCGCUCACGGUCAGCGAUUCUUGCCUUCUAACUUUCCCGAUUCCCCAUAUUAUCCUCAACAACCUCCAAGAUCACCUCUAGAUAGUCUCUCUAGUCAAGUGAUCAUGCUCGAAGAUAGGUUACAACGGAUCGCUGAAGUGCUCAAUAAUGACAGAAUCGAGCAUGUCAGAUAUAAUCUAGAUUUCACUUCCUAUCUCUUGCAAAUGGUGGGCUGGGCAGCAGGUGAUCAACCAUCUUUGGAAAUGAAAGCUCUGCAAGAUACGCUCAGUCGUCAAAACGGCGAGAUGAGACAGAAAUACGAAGCGCUCAUGGCUUCUGAUGCAUUGGCUAUAAUGGCUAGUGGAGCAGGUAUCACUGGUCGUGAGCGUGCUCCCGAAAGAGAUCGGGACAGGGACAGGGAAGAGCGACGUACCCGUUUCUCAUUCGAAACUGCUAUACCAAAUUUGACACGUUCUCUUGGAGGUACAUCACCCACUCCUAGAUUGGCACCUGCGCUUAACUCCUCUAGGGGAGUUACACCUAUGGCUUCUCCCUCUGUACGAGAGUUUAGCGAUUUAUCCUCUACUUCAGGUAUGAUCAAUUCAAGACCACCUACAGGAUCCACUUUGACCACCUCAGGAGACAGUCACUUGGCGGACUCCAACUCCAAUAUGAAUUUGCCAAUACCGUUGAAUCUUACCAGAUCGUCAAAUCCAAACGUGUCAUAUUUCCCUACUCCCGCACAAUCGUCUGCUUCUGCCUCUGGACGAGUCACGCCUUCGGCUACAACUGCUGAACUCAGUGUGACGGCAGCUACGGUUUCAGAUCCACGUAAAACACCCCAGGAAGAACCCAGAUCGAUGACUUCACAUACAACAUCAAACGGUUUGAAGGAUACUCCGUCUGGACGUGGAGGUGAUGGAGAGGAAAUCAAACCUAAGACUGGUUUGAAGAAUUUGUUGAACUGA